AUGCCUAUCAGAAAAAAAGACACAGCUCGAGCCUUGGGGCUGUUGGAGGAGUACUGCACUAAACUGAGGAAGCCAGAGGAGCAGCAGCUCAAAACUGCCAUCCAGAGAGUAAUGGGGAUUUUCCAAAGCAACCUGUUUGAAGCUCUUCUCGAUAUCCAGGAGUUCUAUGAAGUGACGCUGCUAAACACGCAGAAGAGCUGUGAGCAAAAGCUGGAGGAGGUCAACCACAUGGCGGACAAGUGGGAAAAGAGUGUUUCUAUAAAACACUCUGAGCUUGCACACUCUGCCUGUCCAGUGGAGGAGCAGAGGGAGCAGAGCAGCUCAGAACCCAGUGGGAUGGAGCAGGGAGAGAGCAGCACCAAGGCUUCAGUGAACAGGCCACCAGCAGUACAGGGGUCACCCCACAACGGUCAGCCCCCACCCUGCAUGAACCCUGCCUUGAUGAACGCUCCCUGGCAGUACCACUACCAGGAAGAUGACUCGCCGCCUCUUGACCAGGGAUUCCCACGGCUCACCAACGAGGUGCGCGCCCCUGAGCUCGUGCACGUGUCCGAGAAGAAUCUGUCUGAGAUCGAAAAUGUGCACGGCUACGUGUCCCAUUCCCACAUCUCUCCUCUCAAGCCUGCACUGGUUACCCGUUUUGAUCUUGCGUACCCAGGUGUGACCACAGCAAACUACAUGGCCAGCCCUGCCCCGAUAAUCGUCAACACAGACACUUUGGAGUCAGUUCCUUAUGUCAACGGCACAGAAAUCGAAUAUGAGUUUGAGGAAAUCACUCUAGAGCGGGGUAACUCAGGGUUGGGCUUUAGCAUUGCCGGAGGGACAGAUAACCCACACAUCGGUGAUGACCCCGGCAUCUUCAUCACCAAGAUCAUCCCAGGAGGAGCUGCAGCAGAGGAUGGACGCCUGAGAGUAAACGACUGCAUCCUGCGGGUGAAUGAUGCAGACGUGUCUGAAGUUUCUCAUAGUAAGGCGGUCGAAGCCCUGAAGGUUGCUGGCUCUAUCGUCCGGCUGUAUGUGAGGCGCCGCAGACCAAUGCUGGAGACCAUCAUUGAGAUCAAACUCAUCAAAGGACCAAAAGGGCUUGGCUUCAGUAUUGCAGGUGGAGUUGGAAACCAGCACAUCCCUGGUGACAACAGCAUAUACGUCACCAAGAUCAUCGAUGGCGGGGCAGCGCAGAAGGAUGGCCGGCUACAAGUUGGUGACAGGUUGCUAAUGGUGAACAACUACAGUCUGGAGGAAGUGUCUCAUGAAGAGGCUGUGGCCAUUUUGAAGAACACGUCGGACGUGGUCUACCUAAAGGUGGGAAAGCCCACCAAUGUCUACCUAUCAGAUCCCUAUGGGCCACCUGAUAUCACACACUCUUUCUCUCCAGCCAUGGAAAACCAUAUCUCUUCCCCUAUCAACAGUGGCACUCUGGAGUACAAGUCUGGUCUCCCCCCCAUCUCCCCCGGGAGUUAUUCCCCCCUCCCUAAGCACUUACUGGGGGAAGAGGAUAUAAACAGGUUGGAUGGUUUUUCCUUCUUACGAAAUCCCUCGCUAGAUGACGGGGAGGGUCACAGGUUUGAUUCCCAGCACUUCCAGUUGAGGCCUCCUGAGCCAGUUUACAGCACUGUGAACAAACUAUGUGAAAAAGCACCCUCCCCCCGACACUAUUCCCCAGUGGAGUGCGACAAAAGCCUCCUCCACUCCGCUCCCCUCCCAAACUAUCACUUAAGCCUGUUCCCUGACUCGGACAUCACCAGGGAACCCAGGAAGGUCGUGCUUCACAAAGGCUCCACGGGCCUGGGCUUCAACAUUGUGGGCGGCGAAGAUGGCGAGGGCAUCUUUGUCUCCUUCAUCCUGGCAGGAGGGCCCGCUGACCUGAGUGGAGAGCUGAGGCGAGGUGACCAGAUCCUAUCGGUAAAUGGCAUCGACCUACGAGGAGCGACACAUGAGCAAGCAGCGGCGGCGCUGAAGGGAGCUGGACAGGUGGUCACCAUCAUUGCCCAGUACAGACCUGAAGAACUUGCUCUAUGCUCACCGCGACGGGCCCACUCUCCUGCACCAGAGUACGGGCGCUUUGAGGCCAAAAUCCAUGACCUGCGGGAGCAGAUGAUGAACCACAGUAUGAGCUCUGGGUCAGGAUCCCUGCGAACCAAUCAAAAGAGAUCGCUCUAUGUGAGGGCACUGUUUGACUAUGAGAGGUCAAAGGACAGUGGCCUCCCCAGCCAAGGGCUCAGCUUCAGGUACGGGGACAUCCUCCACGUCAUCAACGCCUCUGAUGAUGAGUGGUGGCAGGCCCGCCGUGUCACCCCACAUGGGGACAGUGAGGAAAUGGGUGUCAUCCCCAGCAAGAGACGAGUGGAAAGGAAAGAGCGGGCGCGUCUAAAGACUGUGAAGUUCAAUGCCAAGCCGGGGUCAUUUGAUUCUAAAGGGUCAUUCAAUGACAAACGUAAAAAGAAUUUCAUCUUUACACGAAAGUUCCCAUUCUACAAGAACAAAGAGGGUGAGCAGGAUGGCAGUGAUUCCGACCGGAGUCAAGAGGACGUGAUCCUCUCAUAUGAACCUGUGCUGCGGCAAGAAAUUAAUUAUGCCAGACCUGUCAUCAUCCUCGGACCGAUGAAGGACAGAAUCAAUGAUGAUCUGAUAUCAGAGUUCCCAGACAAGUUUGGGUCUUGUGUGCCACAUACCACUCGGUCGAAGAGGGACUACGAGGUGGACGGGCGAGACUACCACUUCGUGAUGUCCAGAGAGCAGAUGGAGAAGGACAUCCAAGAGCACAAGUUCAUUGAGGCGGGACAGUACAAUGAUAACCUGUAUGGAACGAGUGUCCAGUCUGUAAAAUAUGUGGCUGAAAGGGGUAAGCACUGCAUUCUGGAUGUGUCUGGAAAUGCCAUCAAACGACUACAAGUAGCACAACUCUAUCCCAUCGCCAUCUUCAUAAAACCUAAAUCUAUUGAUUCAUUAAUGGACAUGAAUAAGAGACUGACAGAGGAACAAGCCAAGAAGACAUUUGACAGGGCUAUGAAGCUGGAGCAGGAGUUUGGUGAAUUCUUCACAGCCCUGGUUCAAGGAGACACCUUAGAGGACAUUUAUAACCACUGCAAACAGGUGAUAGAGGAACAUUCAGGACCCUAUAUCUGGAUCCCCUCAAAGGAGAAACUAUAAUAACUCAUCACCCUGGAAGGGAGUCUGGACUGCUAGAAACUAGUAAUAAGAUGUAACAUAUGAUAACUGUAUGGCGAUGAAUAGUCUUCAUAAAUAAUUAUUGUGAAUAUGUUUUGUUUUUUUAUUUUCUCUUCUCUUCUGUUUGGUUAUUGCUUCAUUUUUCACUCAACAUGAAUGUUCCUGAAUGUAUACCACAAAGUGUUAGGAAAUUUAGGUCUUGAAACAUGAACCAUUUGUAUAUUUGUUGAUUUUCAUUUGAACAAAAAGGAAGCGAAAUGUAAUGAAGUGUAAGUAAACGUGGGGUAUGUGUUCACAUCGGCGAGCAGGAGGUGGACUUUGCUUUGCUAACGUAGGAAGGAAAGUAUUCCAACGGUGACCCCCUCCCCCUCCCCUCACACUACAGCAGCUAGCCAAUAAUGAUAUGAACUUAAUGUUUUGUCUGAUUUAGCAUCUGUGCAUCCCCUGAACACAGCUUUGCUUUGUGUUUGUUUACAUCCUUGAAUUACUGUAUUUAUUUCUCUGACGUGAGGAACAUGAAUUAUUCAAUGUAAGAUUUUCAUGGUUUUUGUUUUUUUUAUUAAAAGCAGACAUUUCUCAUCCAGCUGUUGCAUUGACAAUGAUAAGUAAAGGGAGAAAGCUGCUAUCGGCAACAGAGAUGUAACACUAUAUUUUGCUACUUAAAUUGCUAGAGGGCACAAAAGCACAGAAUUAUUUAUUGAAAAUAUAACUUUGAUUAAAAGGUCAUUUUCAGAGCAUAUUUUAUUUGAGUGAUGUAGUAUGUUGUGACUGUGUUAGGGUGGCUGGGAAUAUUAUGGUCAAAGAGACGUUUGAUGUUCACAGUAAUUUGUAGACUUGGAGUGGAGAGGGCGGUUUAAGUAGUGAGUAGAUUUAAUAGUGAAACACGUUUUUGUCUUUUCAAACUAAAAGCAGGACAGUGAAGAACAGGAAUGAAAA